AGAGGUUUUUCACUUGCUUUGUGCGGUGCCGUGAGCGACUUGCAAGAUGCCGGAGCCUGCUAAGUCCGCGCCCGCCCCUAAGAAGGGCUCCAAGAAAGCCGUCACCAAGACCCAGAAGAAGGGCGACAAGAAGCGGCGCAAGAGCCGCAAGGAGAGCUACUCCAUCUACGUGUACAAGGUGCUGAAGCAGGUGCACCCCGACACCGGCAUCUCGUCCAAGGCCAUGGGCAUCAUGAACUCCUUCGUGAACGACAUCUUCGAGCGCAUCGCCGGCGAGGCGUCCCGCCUGGCGCACUACAACAAGCGCUCGACCAUCACGUCGCGGGAGAUCCAGACGGCCGUGCGGCUGCUGCUGCCCGGGGAGUUGGCCAAGCACGCCGUGUCGGAGGGUACUAAGGCUGUCACCAAAUACACCAGCUCCAAGUAACCUGCUUCUGGCUUCGUCCCUAGAACUUCUAAACCCAAAGGCUCUUUUAAGAGCCACCCACUUACUCUACGAAAGAGCUGUUACCUGCU